AUGGAGCAUCUGCUUCCCCAGUUCUGUCCAGUCCUGGUCGUCUGCUGCUUCUGUAUGCUGCAGAUUCCGCACUCAGGGGAAAUCCUGGAGAUGAGAGCACAAGGAGGAAAACUGGGUUUACGCCCCCCUGGCCUGAAAGUGGAUGAGCAGCUGAAGAGAGCAGAAAGCAAUUACACAGACAUAAGAAACUGCUCUGGGGAGUACUCGGUGGCAGAGCCCAUUGAGAAUGCUGCGUAUUUUUACAGCCCGGGUGCAGAGGCAAAUCUGUGCCGUCUUUCUGGAAGUGAUGUUUUCUUAUCUUUUGUCGUAGGGGUUGCUCAACCUUUAACUGACCCUCCUGACGGCUUGGACACGGUGGAGCUUGAGCAACUGGUCUACUUUCUGAACCAGUGGGAAACACUUUCUAGCCAACCCAAGGAAAACCAGAACUUAUACAAAAGGUUUUUGUUUCACUACUCCAGGGCUCAGAAGCCGCCACACCCAGCCAACUCUGAGUUCGCCCCGGUGCACCCCUUGAUGCGCCUGGCUGCCAAGCUCGCCAGCCGAAGGAUGAAGAGACUGCUGCGCCCGGAUUCCAGGAAGGCUACCGUGGAUUUUCCUAACAAGGAUCGCACUACCUCCUUGGGGCGGCCAUUUUUCCUUUUCAGGCCAAGGAAUGGAAGAUACUCCGACAACAGAGUCCAGUAGAUGGCAAGAAUCCGGCGGCACUGGAGAGCACACAUCUUUGGAGGGAAGGCCAAGUUGUUUCACGUGGAUAUUUAACGACACCUCUGUUGUUCUGUGCUCUCCAAAAGACUUGUACAAAAAGUAAAGCAACGCUGAGGUACC